AUGACGUCUUCAGCCUUCAAAUGCAACCUCCGGAGGAUUCAGUCUCCAAAAUCAGACGCAGUAACAGUCAGCGCUCUGAGACAUCUGCAGGUGGAGACAGAGCAGAGUGUGAAAGAGACAGAUUCAGUCACUCUGACAUGUAAAAGCAGCUGCUCUCUGCCUCAACAAACAACAUUCAUCUGGUUCAGAAACACACAGAGAUUAACUGAAGAGUCACGGAAGACGCUUUACCUGCCGUCAGUCACCUUUUCUGAUUCAGGAAACUAUCGGUGUGCUGUUUCAGGAGAGGAACAUCUGAAGUCUCCACCUGUUUAUCUUCAAGUAAGAUGGGGUGGUCAGCAGUAUUGGGGAGUGAUUUAUAGUCCUUCAUAUAUUUGUGCAUUAAAGGGAUCAACAGUGACUUUGUCCUGUUCUUUAACACAUACUGGUUAUUAUAAGCUCAGUAAAGCCUUCUGGACCAAAACUGCUGUGACUGAUGGAGAACCAACAAACCUGUGUUCAGACCCAGUAAAGAGAGGAAGUGUUCAGUGUGUCAGUGAUUAUAAAUACACUUACAACAUCACUUGGACGAGUGUAACAGAAGCUGAUAAACACAUCUACUACUGCAGAUUUAGAGAUGGACAGUAUAAAGGAUGGACAGUGAUUCCUGGAGCUCGGCUUGAUGUCACAGAUCUGCAGGUGGAGACAGAGCAGAGUGUGAAAGAGACAGAUUCAGUCACUCUGACAUGUAAAAGCAGCUGCUCUCUGCCUCAACAAACAACAUUCAUCUGGUUCAGAAACACACAGAGAUUAACUGAAGAGUCACGGAAGACGCUUUACCUGCCGUCAGUCACCUUUUCUGAUUCAGGAAACUAUCGGUGUGCUGUUUCAGGAGAGGAACAUCUGAAGUCUCCACCUGUUUAUCUUCAAGUAAGAUAUCCUCCAAAGAGUGUCUCAGUGUCCAUCAGUCCGUCUGAAAUAGUGGAGGGAGAUUCAGUGACUCUGAUCUGCAGCAGUGACUCAAACCCUCCUGCUCUGAACUUCAGCUGGUUUAAGGACAAUCAAAGCUCAGCUGUUGGAUCUGGACAGAGUUUCAUCAUCUCCAGCUUUAACUCCAGUCACAGCGGACGCUACUAUUGUGAGGCUCAGAAUCAACAUGGAUCUCAGAGAUCAGCGUCUGUUUCAGUCUCUGUUAAAGACUCACCUAUUUCUCCAUUGAGCCUGUUUGGAGAUUCGGUUAAUACGGUUGUCAAGAGGUUUAGGGAGGUGAAGAAUAAUGAAGAAGCGUUCGUUCAGUUCCUUCCUUGCCGCAGUCAAAGGGAGGGCUCAUCAGCCACCCAGCCUCACCCCGGUCCUUCAAAAGCCAGUGAGAGAAUCUGGCAGCGUGGAAACUUCUGCCGGGCAUGGGUUCUGAGCCCAGUAUGGAUAGGAUACAAGAUCCAAUUUAUUCGUCAUCCUCCACAUUUCAACGGUGUGGUCUACACUUACGUGAAGCCGGAGCUGAUGCAGGUACUGUUUCAAGAUCUACAAACUGUUCUGGGCAAAGAGGCCAUAGAACAUGUUCCUCUUCCAAGGAGAGAGUCGGGCUAUUACAGCAGAUACUUCCUGGUUCCCAAAAUGGUGGGGGACUGCAUCCAAUCUUGGAUCUUCGAGGCUUAA